AUGGAUCGCGACCGAGAUAGAAGAUAUGAUGACGGUCGUCGCUUUGGAGAAAGCUACCGCCCGUCAGAACGAAACCGUCGACAUUCUCCACGUGGUGAUACUCGCUCUCCAUUGAGACCCGCAGCUGACACCUGGGCUCCUGAUCGCGGAAGGCCUCGCAGCCGAUCACCAGUUGUCUUUCGGCGCCGUUCAAGAAGCCCGCUUUUCCGGGGAAGAGACCAGGUUUCUAGUUACAACCCCAGAAGCAGGAGACCGUCACCUGCUCGCGAUAUCCGACGGAGCCCCCCAAGAUCACGGCGCUCUAGGUCCCCGCCUCGAUAUACAAGGGAACGUAGUCCACUUCCUCUAAAAAGAACUCGAGACCCUUCGCCGCUCAACAAUUACCACCCUCGCUCUCCAAAAAGAGAGCGCGUCGCUUCUCCGCCUGUACGACCAAGAUUUGAACGACCCUGGUCUCCGUCAUUCCCUGGAUAUCCUCGAGGGCCUCCGCGUGCUCGAUCACGCAGCUUGGAUCGGCGCGAACCGCGGCGAGAAGUUCCUGCUGAGCGGUCAUGGCGACGCAGGUCACUCUCUCCACCGAGAGCGCCAUCCGGCCACAACUCUGAUCGUGUUUCGACGUCUACGUCACGGAGAUCAUCCCCACCGUUACAAACAAACGACAGAUUGAACAUGCCGCGAUCUGGGGGCGUCACGCGCUCUCCAGCCAUUAUGCCGACACGAACACAAUAUGAAGCUCGGCAACCGAUAACAUCUCCUUCCCGUCCCACCAGAUCGCCACCAAGACCAGUAGAGCCGCCGCGGGCGCCUGCUGGUAGGCCACCGUCUCCUCCUAAGGAACCGACUACGCGUGGGCCUUCACCAAAACUACCGGAUAAACCUUUGAGGCAGAGUCCUGGAGGUGAUAACGAACGGGGUGAAUGUCAAUCGCAAAAUGCAAGACCUCCAGGCCCUUCUGGCACUUCUGGAGGCGUAGGCCCCUCUUCUCUUGGGAAUCAGAAUGUUGCGCAAGCGCCAAGGAUCCCCAGCCAACCCCAAACUUUCAACAAACCGCGAUCUGUAACGCCGUUGUCCUCUCCUUCAACCGCCCAACCGCCAACCGGUCCUCAGGCUCGUGGAACUAACUUGUCCUUACUUUCCGCUCCUACCCGCCCUAGGGGUGGCAUUCCACACAGUUCUACUAGGGAUGGCCCCAGUCCCCGCGACGGAUCUUGGUCAGGAUCUGUUCGACACCACUCCCCGCCGGUGCAUCAUAAAACUCCUAGUGGACAUCGUGCUGGCUCGAAUUACGAGUCUCAUCGUCCUCCUCUGUUUCGGCAUAGUAGCGCGUCAACUCCACAUUCCUACCCCCGUCCUCCACGUUCUACCAACUAUCUAUCCGGGAUACCUCAAAUAGUACCUGGUGGAAAGCUGCUGCCAUCCAGCUUGGAUCCAAGCCGCGAAAAGCGUCUCGCUCAGCUAGAACUCGAUAAAGAAAAGCUCUUAGAGCAGAUUGAAGAAAAACAAAAGGCCAAGCGGGCUGGACUAAGGGAAUGGGAGAAACUCAGUAGGGAGAGUUCUACAGGUGCACUGAGGAGUGAGCUUGCCGAGGGCCAUUUGCAACGAAUGACAGAAGGUGAUGGGCUGGGCGGGCCUGCUUUUUGAACAGUUUCAUUAAGACAAGAUAAACCUCUUCUAAUUCCUGUAUUUCAGAUUUUCUAGCUUUUCAUGAGGAUAUUCCCGAAGAACAUCAAUUAGAUUAUAAGAAUC